AAGCAGCUGUAGGUGCGCAACGGUUUCACUUCGACCUGAACUGACAUUAGUGCUGCUGACUGAGAGCGAGGACCUGCUUCAGUCCCUGGAGAUCAAACCAUGAGUGUCAGUUCAACACGCAGCAACGGGGAAGAAAUCGACGAGCUGGAGGCAGUUAGCUUUUAUCAUUAUGAUUUGUCCCGGCACGCAGCUGAAGCUCUUCUCCUUUCGAAUGGGGUAGAUGGGAAUUUUUUACUCAGAAACAGCAACAAAGGACCUGACUGCUUUGCUUUGUCUGUCCGAGCAAAGGAUUCAGUGAAACACUUUCAUGUCCGGCGGCAGUUCGGCAAAUAUUCCUUUGGCUUCAAUGAAUUUCCUUCCCUUCAGGAUUUUUGCAGUCACCUUGCCAAUCAGCCCUUGCUAGGCAGCGAGACAGGAAACCUGAUAGUUCUGCGGUUCCCAUACCCACGGCAAGUGGAAGAGCCAUCCAUUUAUGAGACGGUGUGUGUGCAUACGGCCAUGCAGACAGGCCGGCAUGAAAACGACCUAGUGCCUAAUGCUCCAGCACUUGGCACUAAAGAAGGUUAUCUGGUUAAACAAGGAGCGAUAAUCAAGAACUGGAAGCAAAGAUGGUUCACACUGAAUAGAUAUGAAUUUAAAUAUUUCAAGGAUAAAAUGUUUGUAGAGCCAAUACGAACCCUGGAUCUGACGGAGUGCUCUGCUGUCCAGUUUGAUUACAGUCAGGAGAGGGUCAACUGCUUCUGUCUGGUGUUCCCUGAGAGGACGUUUUAUUUGUGUGCAAAAUCUGGUGCUGAGGCAGAUGAAUGGAUUAAGAUACUACGAUGGAAAUUGUCACAGAUAAAGAAGGGACGAUGAUGUUCAACAUGGAGAGAAGAAGUACUGGAGCAAAUGCAAGCUGUGCACAGUUUUAUAUUAGUAAAUACAGAGGAUUUAUUAACUGCAUCUGAUGCUCUGCGAUCUUGGCAUCAUGGUUGUACACCUCAUCACACCUAAGAAAUCUUCUGGGCAAUGAAUCACACAAGGCACCGUGCUAUUGUGCUUUAUAAAGACAUCUGGAGGCGGUGCACUACUAAUGCUGGGAUUAUAAUUGACAAUAGUAUUUCUUUUUUUCAUAUUGUGUUCUUUGUUGUGCUUUCCGUUCUUCUUAUUCUUCUCCAACUCAAGCUAAACGGUGUGUCUGCUCUUAAACAUGUACAUUCCCCCUUACAUUGCAACUAUGAGGUAAACAUAUAAUGAAUUUUUAAAUAUACUUUUCCCAAAAUAGAGCACCGCUGUGAUUACAUAUUUCUGUAGGCCAACCCAGAAGUUAGAAUCACCCUUGUUCUUUCAACAAUUUUUUUUUUUUUUUUUUUUUUUUUUUGGGUUCUUUGAAUUAUUGCAAAAAAAUAAGCUCUAUGAUCAGCAUAAGUUAAUGAUUAUUGCAUGUUUUGUUCAUCAUGAUAAGCUCCAUAAAUAAACACAUCUUAUGAAUUUUAAAGCUUAAAUACAAAUCACCAGAAAUAAAAAACUUAAAGUAGGCUAUAAACAAAUAUCUCCACUACUAAGCUUCUGACAGCUCCUUCGGUCUUUAGUUGAAAAAUAUUUUUCGUAACAAAGUUAGCGUUAGAAUAGUUUUCAGGAGCGGGAUUAUAUACAACACGACGAGGCUGUGAAAGCAGACUAGAUGAGUUUACCUGUUUGGCUUAAUGACGUUUAAUUUCCCCUCAACAUCUGUAGACCCAUUUAGCCGUCUGCUGUAGAACAAAACAUGAAUAAAGCACAAACCACAAACCUUAUUUCAGGCAUUUACCCAAAAACCCAUUGACUUCAGGAUGAUGGAACUGAAAGUGUGAAAUACUAAACUGUUCUGGGAUUUAGGCUACAAAAAUACUUAAUCCCUGCAUCACUCUAUAGAUCACCAAAGUCAUUAUAAUAAAGUCAUAAAUUCUCUAAGUAGCAAUGCUACUUUAAAUGUGAUGUGUGAACUGACAAUGAGCACUCUUCUGUUGUUUAGAAACAUGUACAUAAUACCCAUUUUCCAACCAAGAAGCCCCUUCUGUAAAAAAUGUAUAAAAAUUCAAUAAACAAUUUAUUUUUGUAAA